AUGGAUCAGAAUAGUUACAUACAAGAGAUAACUGAUGAUUGGCUCAUAUCUCGCUCGUAUAUGAGACCGAUUAUUAAUAUUUCAAACGAGAAUUCAACAAAAACUCUUUAUGAAUUUUUGAAUUUUGCAUUUAAUGCACUUGACGAAUAUACUAAAUCGACGAUUGAAGUUGUCAAAAGAAUACAAGCAGAAAUUAAUGACUUAACUCAAAAGAAAUAUGAUAGAGAAACUCCGAAAGAAGUUAAAUUCUUAAAACGAAAGCUCACAUUCUUGCAAAUAUCAGAAAAGGAAAUAAAUAUGUUUCUUACAUCAGCCAAAGUCAAUAUUAUCUCAAAAUUAAAAGCAGAAUUUGAAUCAUUAUACUUAUUAGCACAAGUCAAUGAAGAAAUAACACCGAAACUCUGCUUCAGCGAAAGAGUAAUUUCAGAAAUCAUCGAUUUAUACUUCAAACACGAAAUUGAAAGAAGAGAAAAAAGCCAAGCUUUAACACAUACACUUCUCAAAGGUAGCAUUGAAUACAACACAAAAUACAUAGAAGAAAACGCCCAAAUACAACUCGAAAAUGAGGAUCCGAACGUUGUUAUUAUCAAUAAUUUCGAAAAGAUCCUUUUAGAUCCUGAGCUCGGAUAUUCUAGGGAUAUUGAAACGAUUGUUGAUGAAUUUGAUGUUGUUAAUACAGACGAUUUCAUCAAAAAAGUUGAUAAUUUAUUUUUAAAGCUUAAAAGAAGUUUACCACAAGAUACUGACGUUAAAACCUAUUAUGGCUACCUCAUUACAUACAUAUUUGAAGGUAUUUACAUCAAAAAACACAGAGUUUUCCAGAUGAAUAUCCCAUCUUAUUUUGUACCGAAGUUUUCGGAAAACAAGUCAUGCGAACUUGGUCUCCCUCCAUCACUCAUUGAUUUCUCUAACCCUCUGAUGACUGUUUAUGAAUUGGUAACUACAAAUGAACAUUUAAGAAAUUCCGCGGACAAACUUUAUUUGUCUAUGUUCGAAUACUCUCCAAUAAAGAUGCUCGGAUGGAUUGACGAAGCGUUAGAAGAAAUUAAACUUUACAUGACAGAAAAAUUGACCCAAUCAGGAGUUAAUCCAGGAUUUGUUCCUUUCGAUGAUACAUUCUUGCUAUUCCAAGCUGUGCUAAGUGUUUCAAAGAUUCCUAUCUUGCAAUCUUUGACUGUAAUUUCAUGUGAUUGCGUAAAUCACAAAAUGUUGCCGAAUAACCUCGGAUAUGCUCAAAUGAUGCUUAAGAGUGCAUAUGAGUAUCAAAUGAAGCAAAGAUCAACCAAUGCAAAUUAG